ACUUGUUGGAACUAUAACGCCAUUGAUUUUAUGGUGGUUGAUUGGUUUGAGAAGCAGUUGAUGUUUAAGUUUAAUAGUUAAAAUGACGGUUAUAACGAAACCCAUUACUGAUAAGAAGGCAGAUAAAUUAGAUGAGCCUCUUGUGGAAAAUGAAGAAAUUGAAAGUCUGCCCCCUAAGGUGGACCUGGAGGCUGCUGCCCAUGCAGAGCCACAGUAUUUCAUUCUGAAGGCUCGUGCACGUCGUGUCUCAACAGCAACAACUGUUUGUCUUUUCCUUACUGCUUUGUUAGUGAUGAGCAUUGGCAUCAUUGGUGGUGUGUAUCUCUACAGACAGUUUGCCCGGUCACAGAUGCACAGUUUCCGUGGCUGGUGCAGCAUCCCAUAUGAGGGGACCAAGGCAACAAUGUACCUGGAUGACAAGAACAACCCCAGCCAACAGCAUGCCUCCCCUUUUGCAGACCAUGAUUUGUUCAAGAGCCUGAUAAGAUCAUCCUCCGUAGGUGACGGUAAAACUGACGGCUUCUUUCAAGAAGAGUUUGAAAUAGACUUGGAAAAUGAGGAUUAUGAGAAGAUCAACGUGCCUGACUUUCGGGAUGGACGAAGAGGACGUUUCAUUCAUGAUUUUAAUUCCAACAAGACUGGAAUCAUUGAUUUGGAUGGACACAGAUGCUUUGUGAUGCCUCUGAAUCGCCAGCGAGUUCUGCCUCCAAGAUCUUUGUUUGACCUCAUCAGGAAAAUGUGGGAUGGUUACUAUGAGGUGGACACUGAUGUGGUGAGGGAAACAAUGCGUGUGGUGACACCACCUAUCACUGACUACAAGAAUGUAGGCUAUUACAUCUCACGCGAAUGCAGCGGAGUCCCUACAUAUAUGUUGGAAAAAGUUGUGACCUCUGUGUUCAAGAGGAGUGCAGAAGAGGAGAACACAUUGUUUGCAGUGUAUGCAGGGGACAAAAUUCUUCAGUUUAACAUUGUCAAUAUGCCAGAGGUCCUUGCUUCAGAAAAAGAGCAGUCCAACCCUUAGGCAUGGAAGAAGUAUGUUUCACAUUAUAUAUAAUUAAGAAAAUUUGUAAAAUUGCUAAGAUGUUUCCAGAUUUAUAUUUCACUUUGUACGUUGAUUUGUUUCCAUCUAAGGUAGGGUCAAGCAUAGACCAAAAGACUGAUUCAGUACUAGAGUUUUUGUAUGUCACUAUAGAAUUGUGGUAUUAUUUUGUUUAAAUUGGACUGCAUCUAGUGUCAGGAAUUCUCCUAGAGAUAAAUAUUACAACUUGCUUAAUACACAGUGUCAUCUUUUUAUAAUACUAUCAUAGCUACAUUUGUUUUUGGCAAUAUGAAUGCACAACCAGCAAAAACAGAAGAGAGUGGCCAUGUGAA